UUCUUUGCUUGUGGACAUUUAAGCUACAGUGCCUAAAAGACAUUUCUUAUAUCUUGUUGCUGUGCGGCUGAAAGUGGACUCACAGAAACCUGAAAUGAUGUCCUAAUCUUUAUUCCAUGCGAGGUGCAUUAACACCCGUUCUACAUUCACUAGCCAGCAACUUUUGGAUAUUAUCCUGGGUUAUCUUGAUUUUUUUUUUUUACUGUGCUAUGGUUUUUUCCCCCACUAUUCUUUCAGGUUCAUCAGUAUCAUUCCAUAUCACUGUUUCCUCUCAGGGAAGCUUGGAGACCCUUACCCUAGACCCUAUUGGUGAAAUCUCGUUUCCAUUGUACUGCCUCCCUUACAGAGGUUUAAAAUGACUUUUGACACAUCACGAAUCGAAAUACAUCACUAACAUGAAAAAAAACAAACAAAUUAAUAUAAUAAGCCUAAUAAUACGAAUCACUGAGAAAUGUAAUAAUGAUGGUGACUUAAUGGUGAUAGAGAUGCAUGUUUUCGAUCUUACCGCGUACAGGGUUUUUGUUAACUGUGCGUCUUAUAUCUAGGUAAAUGGGAGUGAAAGGGGCGCGAGCUCCGUGUGCGCGCAAACACACGGCUGAGAGAAAGCGCGCGCGCUCCCGCGCUCCUGUGCUCCGAAGGCGCGCGUGUCGGUUCGAGCGAGAGGGCAGUGCUGUGCUCCGUCUCCAGCGCACUAAAUGAUUGUCUUCCCACCACAAUAUGUCACGUCUCAGCUUUUAGCGUUUAAAGGGGGCAAUGGAAAGGGUUACGCGCAGCCAGCAUGGAGAAGCGGAGAGGAUGCACUGAACUCGUGGGAAAGGGAAACUUGAACGUUUGUGUGUCUGAAAAAGAUCAUUAAGUGAGUGCAUGUAGGUGUAGGCGUUUUUACAGCUCAUCCUCACCUACAGUGGGAUUACAAACCGAAAUCCGAUUAGACUUGAUCAAGCAAAUACAUACAUCCAGUUACACCGAAUUCCAGGAUUAUGGAAUUUCAUUGUGUCUGAUAUAACGGUGUGUUUGGAUAUGGAUUCGGUGAAAGAGCGAGUUUUAGCCCCCGGGAAGGCGGGACUGAAGAAUCUAGCGGGGAAGACCCUGGCACAAAUGCAAAGAGUGAUUGAGAAGAAGCAGAAAACGGGUGAAGUGAUCGAGCUGACGGAAGAUGGCCGCCCCAAAGAGAUCCGAGAGAGGAAAGCGCCGCUGCUUGACUGCGCGUGCUUCGGGCUGCCUCGCCGUUACAUCAUUGCCAUCAUGAGCGGCCUGGGCUUCUGCAUUUCCUUCGGAAUCCGCUGCAACCUCGGGGUUGCGAUCGUGGGCAUGGUCAACAACAGCACCGUACUCCAGGGGGGCAAGAUCAUCAUCAAAGAGAAAGCGAAGUUUAAUUGGGAUCCGGAGACGGUGGGGAUGAUCCACGGCUCGUUCUUCUGGGGUUACAUCGUAACACAGAUCCCGGGAGGGUACAUCUCCUCCAGAUUGGCAGCAAACAGGGUGUUCGGAGCCGCCAUCCUGCUGACGUCAACACUCAACAUGUUUAUUCCGUCGGCGGCGCGCGUGCACUACGGCUGCGUUAUAUUUGUGAGGAUAUUACAGGGCCUGGUGGAGGGUGUGACCUAUCCAGCAUGCCAUGGUAUCUGGAGCAAGUGGGCUCCGCCGUUAGAGAGAAGUCGCUUGGCAACCACAUCUUUUUGUGGUUCCUAUGCUGGUGCUGUGGUUGCCAUGCCUCUGGCUGGAAUUCUUGUGCAGUAUUCAGGCUGGUCAUCGGUGUUCUAUAUUUAUGGGAGUUUUGGUAUUGUCUGGUAUGUCUUCUGGGUCCUGGUGGCUUAUGAGAGUCCAGCAGAACACCCCACUAUUACAGAUGAAGAGCGGCUUUAUAUAGAGGAGAGCAUUGGUGAAGGGACUAAACUGCUUGGGGCAACUGAAAAAUUUAAGACACCCUGGAGGAAAUUCUUCACUUCGAUGCCUGUCUAUGCAAUAAUUGUGGCCAACUUCUGCAGGAGCUGGACCUUCUACCUCCUGCUCAUUAGCCAGCCGGCAUACUUCGAGGAGGUGUUUGGUUUUGCGAUCAGUAAAGUUGGCAUGCUUUCUGCUCUGCCUCACUUGGUCAUGACUAUCAUAGUGCCCAUAGGAGGCCAACUUGCUGACUUUCUACGCAGCAAUAACAUCAUGUCCACCACUAAUGUCCGCAAGAUAAUGAAUUGUGGAGGAUUUGGGAUGGAGGCAACACUGUUGUUGGUAGUUGGUUACUCCCACAGUAAAGGUGUAGCCAUCUCAUUUCUAGUACUAGCAGUGGGUUUCAGUGGCUUUGCCAUAUCAGGUUUUAAUGUGAACCACCUGGACAUUGCACCAAGGUAUGCCAGCAUACUGAUGGGCAUCUCCAAUGGAGUCGGCACACUUUCUGGAAUGGUCUGCCCUCUUAUAGUGGGUGCCAUGACCAAAAACAAGACGCGGGAAGAAUGGCAAAACGUAUUCCUGAUUGCCUCCAUGGUCCAUUAUGGUGGUGUGGUGUUCUACGGGAUCUUUGCAUCAGGUGAGCAGCAGCCAUGGGCAGAUCCAGAGGAAACCAGCGAGGAGAAAUGCGGUUUCAUUGAUGAAGAUGAGCUUGCUGAAGAGACCGGUGACAUUACACUUAGUCAUGUUCCAUUCGGAGCCCAGGGAGCCUUUGGGGCUCCCCCGAAAUCAUACGGGGCCACAACUCAGCUGAAUGGGGGAUGGGCAGGAGGCUGGGAGAAAAGAGAGGAGUUCAUCCAGGAGGGAGCUGUGCAGGUCUAUCCUCAGCAUGGAGAUGGAUACUCAUAGGACACAGGGGCUGGUUACAUGAAGGAAGAAGGUCAUUACUGUUGUAAAACCCUAAAAGAAUUGAAAGAUUGUGGUGACUGGACUAAAAUGUACCAGCAUUUUAUAAAUGUAUCUGCAGCACUGCUUCAGAUAAUAAAGCAUGGUUUGUCCAGACAAAUUCAGAAAUGAUUAUGCAGGAGGUAGGGUAGAUUAAACGCUGAUUAUAUAUAGAAAUGCUUUAUAAAUUCAGUUAGAAAUGUAUUUAUGUAAUAAACCAAUCAUUUUAAAUCCAAUCUUAAAAUGACAUUAAUGUUUCUUCAGUAUCAUAAUAGCUUGAAGAUUAGUACAAGUUCAAAUAUUUCUGAGUGGAACUUAUUUAAGUUCCACUUUUACAUGUUCAAUUAGAUAUAUAUGUGAUGUACUAUAUACUAUUAAACAUUUAUAAGAUUUAGAGAUGGAUAUUUUAGUAGCUACACCUGCCCUAUACAGUAGGUUACUGCAGGCGCACAAUUACUAACAAUAGCCCAUCUAUUGCAUUAUGUGUCUGCCUCCAUCCCCAUCCGUCAGGGGAAAAGGACCACUAUAGGACUACUGUAGGUGGUGGACAAGUCUGCAGUGACACUGACAUGGCAGUGACAUCUUAGUGUUGCCUUUUUGAUGAAUGCUACAAAAUAAAUUUUACAGAAUGUUAAGCAGUACAACCCCACACUCUAAAAGUCAACAGGAUAUCUGUAUAGCACUAUAAAUGUUUUGCAGUAAAAGACGGGUUUAUUUUAUUUUAGGUUAAUUCAGUUUGGUUAAUUAAUACAUAACUGGUAGACCUGAAUAGCACAGACUACUUGUUUCAUGUUGAACUGAUGAGCAUUAUAGCCAUCUGAGGACUUUCAGUCUCAGGUUUACAGAGCACUUUUGAUGUGAAACAAUAGGUCUCCUAGUCUUAUGUGAUACACUUUUAACUAGUCUGCUUAUUUAGCGCCUAAUUUUAAGGGCAAAGGAAAAAGAUUACGCCCGAUAUGUAUCUAAAGUAAAACAGAAUAAAUGACAUUUCAAAAGAAAAUAUAGUAGUAUAGUAUAUAGCAUAUAAAUU